AGAUCUGAUGCCACAAUGAGGACUCACACACGGGGGGCUCCCAGCGUGUUUUUCAUACAUGUGGUUUGCUUUGCUUUGGCCUCCAGCACCGAUGAGAACCCAAGUGCUGUGAUUCCUUUUGUCAAUGCCAACUACGACAGCUACCCCAUGCUGUACUUUUCUAAAGGAGAGGUGGAGGAUUUGCGGAUCAAGGCUGCCACUACGCAUCAGCACAUUGCAGCUCGUCUGACUGAGGCAGUUCAGACCAUGCUGUCCAGUCCCCUGGAGUAUCUUCCUCCCUGGGAUCCCAAGGAGUUCAGUGCUCGGUGGAAUGAAAUUUAUGGCAACAAUCUGGGUGCCCUGGCAAUGUUCUGUAUGCUCUACCCCAAGAAUAUCGAAGCCAUAAACAUGGCCAAGGAUUACAUGGAAAGGAUGGCGGCUCAGCCUAGUUGGUUAGUGAAGGAUGCUCCAUGGGAUGAGGUCCCUCUUGCUCACUCUUUGGUUGCUUUUGCCACUGCUUAUGACUUCUUGUACAACUACCUUAGCAAGACUGAACAGGAAAGAUUUCUUGAGGUGAUUGCCAAUGCCUCAGGAUAUAUGUAUGAAACAUCAUACAGGCGUGGAUGGGGUUUCCAGUACCUACAUAACCAUCAGCCUACCAACUGCAUGGCCCUGCUGGCAGGAAGCCUGGUUUUGAUGAAUCAAGGCUAUCUUCAGGAAGCGUACUUGUGGACUAAGCAAGUGCUGUCAAUCAUGGAAAAGUCUAUAGUCCUGCUGCGAGAAGUUACAGAUGGAUCCCUCUAUGAAGGAGUGGCUUAUGGCAGCUACACCACCAGAUCUCUCUUUCAGUACAUGUUUCUUGUCCAAAGGCACUUUGACAUCAACCACUUCAAUCACCCGUGGCUUAAAGAGCACUUUGCAUUUAUGUAUAGAACUGUCCUGCCAGGAUUUCAGAGAACUGUGGCAAUUGCAGAUUCCAACUAUAACUGGUUCUAUGGGCCAGAGAGCCAAUUGGUGUUUCUAGACAAAUUUGUCAUGCGCAACGGCAGUGGGAAUUGGUUGGCAGAUCAGAUCAGAAGGAAUCGAGUGGUGGAAGGCCCUGGGACUCCAUCCAAAGGGCAGCGGUGGUGCACUCUUCACACUGAAUUUCUCUGGUAUGAUGCAAGCUUGCACUCCGUACCUCCACCAGACUAUGGUAUUCCAAAGCUGCAUUAUUUUGAGGACUGGGGAGUUGUAACAUAUGGAAGUGCAUUGCCAGCUGAAAUCAACAGGCCCUUCCUCUCCUUCAAAUCUGGAAAACUGGGAGGUCGUGCAAUAUAUGAUAUUGUUCAUAAGAAUAAGUACAAAGAGUGGAUCAAAGGGUGGAGGAACUUCAAUGCUGGCCAUGAGCACCCUGAUCAGAACUCCUUUACCUUUGCUCCCAACGGUGUACCUUUCAUAACAGAAGCCCUGUAUGGGCCGAAGUAUACCUUCUUUAACAAUGUAUUGAUGUUUUCUCCAGCUGUGUCAAAGAGCUGCUUCUCCCCAUGGGAAGGGCAGGUUACAGAGGACUGUUCAUCAAAGUGGUUGAAAUACAAACAUGACCUGGCUGCAGACUGCCAGGGGAGAGUAGUUGCCGCUAUGGAGAGAAGUGGAGUGGUUUUUAUCAGGGGAGAAGGAGUGGGUGCUUACAACCCAAAACUGAAGUUGAAAAACUUCCAAAGAAACCUUUUACUUCUGCAUCCCCAGCUUUUGUUGCUUGUGGACCUAAUUCAUCUUGAAGAUGACAGCCCCCUGGAGGCAGCUACCAGCUUCUUCCACAAUGUGGAUGUGCCUUUUGAAGAGACUGUUAUUGAUGAUGUCCACGGGGCUUUUAUUAGGCAUCACGAUGGGAUGUAUAAGAUGUACUGGAUGGAUGACACCGGGUACAGUGAGAAGGCUACUGUUGCCUCAAAAAUGUAUCCCCGGGGCUACCCAUACAAUGGAACAAACUAUGUGAAUGUUACAACCCACCUGCGGAACCCAAUCACCAGAGCAGUUUACCUCUUCAUAGGACCUUCCAUAGAUGUCCAGAGCUUCAAUGUCCAUGGAGAUUCUCAGCAACUGGAUGUCUUCAUAGCCACCAGUGAGCAUGCCUAUGCAGUUUACCUGUGGACUGGUGAGGAUGGAGGCCAUUCUGUCUUUGCACAGAUUAUUGCAGAUCGCCAAAAAAUUCUAUUUGACCGAACCUCUACCAUAAGGAACUCUGCUGUAUCAGAGGUGAAAGAUUAUGUUCAGAUUGUGGAGCAGAAUCUUCAGCAUUUCAAACCUGUCUUCCAGCAGCUUGAGAAACAGAUUCUGUCCCGUGUGCAGAACACAGAUAGCUUUAGAAAGACUGCUGAACGCCUGCUGAGAUUUUCAGAUAAGAGACAGACGGAAGAAGCCAUUGAUAGGUUAUUUGCUAUCUCCCAGCAGCAGCAGCAGCAAGGCAGGGCAAAAAAAAGCAAAAAGGUAGCCAAAGGCUACAAGUUUGUCGAUGCCGUUCCUGACAUCUUUGCACAAAUUGAAGUGAACGAAAGAAGAGUGCGACAGAAGGCACAGACUCUGGCACAAAAAGAGUUACCUGUAGAUGAAGACGAGGAAAUGAAAGACCUUUUAGAUUUUGCAGAUGUUACUUAUGUGAAGCACAAAAAUGGUGCAUCAAUCAAAGGCCAAUCUGGACUGGAACAAAUGGUGAGCACUGCUCAAAGCAGUGCUCCGUCAAUAUCGGCUUCUUAUACCCGCCUCUUCCUAAUUCUAAACAUUGUUAUUUUCUUUGUCAUGCUGGCAAUGCAGCUGACCUAUUUCCAAAAGGCCAAGAGCCUACAUGGCCAAAGAUGGCUUUAUGCAAUACUUUUAGCUGACAGCUGUAUAUUAUUGUGGCUGUAUUCUUCUUGUUCCCAGUCACAAUGUUAGCGAAAGAUCAUGUACUACUUGACCAGUUUAUGGUCAUAUGUGUCUAUGCAAAAGAAUUAACCCUAAUAGGGCCAUAGUUUGUUUUUUCCUUUUCUGAAACAUUCCAGGAAACAGCUGAGGGAAGGUUGAUUUCACCCCGUGAGGGAAGAGGGGGAAAUAAUGCAUUUUGGGGAGACCUACGUGUUCCUCAUCUGUGCUUUGGUUGCGUUUGACAUCUGAAGGAUAUUAUGCUUUGUUCAUCAAAGCACAGUAUGUAAUUAUUUCUACCCCCCCCAAAAAAAAGAGCCUUCUUUAAGGGGUGAUUUGUUUCCUAAGAUCCUUGGUUUUAUACACAAUUGGUUUUGCAUAGUAUUACUUUCAGGCUGCUAAAGAUGCCUAUGAGAGCUGCAUAGGAAAUGGUUUGCCUGCUCCAUGAAACUGUUUGGGAUAUCAAAAAAAGUUCCUGUCCCAAAUUGGGACAUAAAAUGACAAAACUUUGAAAAUAUCCAUGUAUCAAAAAUCCAU